GCGCAAGGAAGGAGAGGAGGAGGAGAGAGACAAAAGAGCGUGGGGGGGGGUUGCAAUUCCAGGGGGUUAGGGUUUUUGCCAAAAGGUUUUCGUGCCCAAGAAAAAUCUGAGGUCCGAUGGAGGAGGUUACCGAGGGAGUCAACAACAUCGCCAUCACCGACGCCCACAAGAAGAACCGCAUUCAGGUCUCCAACACCAAGAAGCCGCUCUUCUUCUACGUCAAUCUCGCCAAGAGGUAUAUGCAGCAACACAAUGAGGUCGAGCUCUCAGCUUUGGGAAUGGCUAUUGCGACAGUGGUGACAGUGGCAGAAAUUUUGAAGAACAAUGGCUUGGCUGUUGAGAAGAAAAUCAUGACAUCUACUGUUGAUAUCAAGGAUGAUUCCAGAGGAAGACCGGUGCAGAAGGCUAAGAUCGAGAUAGUACUUGGGAAGACGGAAAACUUCGAUGAAUUGAUGGCGGCUGCUGCAGAAGAGAGGGAAGCCGCAGAGGCGGAGGAGCAGAGCUGAGGAGGUGUCAUGUGGCUCGUCCCAUGUCUGUUGUUUAUGUUGAAUAUGCGUGUUGCCGAUCCGGGGUCGCUUAGUUUUGCGGAUAUCUUGGACUCAGAAUGCUCUGCUUGUUAGUCAAUUAAAAGAACUACAUGUGUUAGCUGCGAUUUUUAAAGCUGCCUUUUGUAACAAGCAUGCGCCAUGCAAAGUGUCACUUCAUGGUUAGGGUCUAUUCAAUUGAUAUAGUUAUUUUAGAUU